AUGGCGACGUCGCCGCAAAUACGACACCAGGCCCAGACUCGGCAGGUUUCAUUCUCCUCAUACCUCGUCUCUCCGAAUGAAUUGUCGGAAGCACUGAAGAAGAACCCAUCUACGAAGAUCUCGACAUCGCCUCGCGUAAUUCCCCUAUGUGCGGCUUGGUUCAUGCCCAACGACCCUGAGGGUCGCACAGGAAUUGACGUUUUCCGUAAAAGUCGUGUACCACAAGCUCGUUUCUUUGAUUUGGAUGCAAUCAAGGACACCGAGUCCCCUUACCCGCAUAUGCUUCCCACCGCGGAGGCGUUUUCCGAUGCGAUGAGUGAACUAGGAAUCCGACGUGACGAUGAGGUGGUAGUUUAUGAUACGGAGGAGCUUGGAAUAUUCAGCGCUCCCCGUGUCGGCUGGACCCUGAGAGUGUUUGGGCACCCCAAAGUCCAUAUUCUUAACAACUACCGGCUGUGGGUGCGUGGUAACUACCCAACAGAGACUGGAGAGCCUCAGAAACCGGAAAAGUCCAGCUAUCCUGUUCCCACUUACGACUCGAAGCUCGUCAUUCCAUACCUUGAGCUGAAGGAGAUUGCAAAGGAGCAUCGCAAGGAGGGUGCAAAAGAGGUGGAGAUUCUGGACGCACGACCUCAAGGCCGCUGGGCGGGAACCGACCCUGAACCGCGCCCGGGCCUAUCUUCUGGACAUAUCCCUGGAUCUACAAGUCUGCCAUUCCAAGAGUUACUGGACCCUGAGACAAAGACCUACCUUCCCUCGGAUGAGCUACGAAAGGUAUUCGAAUCGCGUGGAUUGGACGAGACCAAAUCUAUUAUCAGCUCUUGCGGCAGCGGCGUGACAGCCACAAUCAUCGAGACAGCGUUGGGACUGGCCGAAUUCGGUGACCCCAGUAUUCACAGAGUAUAUGAUGGAAGCUGGACGGAAUGGGCGCAGCGUGUGAAGCCAGCCGAUGGAUUAAUCAAGAAAACCAAUUGA